AUGGUUGAGGUCGGGUAUAGUGAUUCGGAUAAUGAAGUACCCGAUUCCGUUGAAUUUAGUAGGCAGGGGGGGCUCAGCGAUAAGCUUGUAAAGAACGAGGUUGAUUCAUUGGAGUCCCCUAGGUUUGGUAUUACUCGAGGCCAGUCACAAGAUUCAUUUACUACUCAAUGUUCGACGCCUAGAGCUCACGAUAAACAUUCUCAGUUGUGCAAUCAUAAUCAUCAUACGUCCGUGGGUUUUGGUAUACCCGAAUGUGAAUUAGAUGAUUGCGUCGACCCAUUCGAUAAAAUAAUGUCGCAGAACAUGCGGUUUGAGCAAUUAAACAAAUUUCCUGAAGUUCUAAUUAGUGAUCAUCAACAGUGGAAUAGCUUUAUUCAUACAUUACCUCCGUCAUUUAAUAAUAUAACUCCUACUACUAAACCAUUGGUACAUCAGUCACAGCCACAACCGCAUCUUGGACAAAUUAGUCAAUUAAAAGGUGAAAUGAAUCAAUUUAUCCCCUUUAGUGCCUCAGAUUAUCCUAUAUUCACUAGUGCAAUUGAUCGAAACUGGGAUAGCCUGCUCAAUCUAUCCACCCCUGCACGAACAGAUACCAAUAGUAAUAAUAAUAUGUUUAAAUGGUGGUGCAAUGAUCAACAAUUUGAGCCACAUGCUCAGAGUGGCCAAAUUGGCCAACAUAAUAUGAAUAGUUUUAAUCGAGACAACGGUACUACCACGCUUAAGAAAUUAAAGCCGCGAAAUGAAAAAAACACGACCGAUAUUGGCGUGAACACUGACAUCACAUCUAUUGCCAUGGACAGUAGUGAAAAUCGCCUGAAAAUAAUGACCCAGCUAAAUGAACAGUAUCAACAGCGCGUAAAACACAUAAUUACACAAAAUGAUGAUAUAGAUGGAGUUCCAAAUGACUUAGUCGAUGAGGAAGGAAAGGAAUUUGUAGCUGCAGUGAGAGAGCAUUUGAUUAAAGUGCAUCAACAAAUGGAAGCCCUAAUGUUGGACAAUUUGAAAUUUAGGGGCAAAAUUGAUAAAUCUGCCGCUUUUUUUGAUACUUUAUAUGAAACAAUUACCGUGCUUAAGGAACAAACCAACUCUCUAGUACAGGAAAAUUCCAAACUGGCUAUAGAACUCAAGAUCGCAAGACAAGACAAAGCUUAUGCUGUUGAGUAUUGUAAGAGCUCAAAUGAAGCACUAAAGCAGACUAGCUUGGAGAAGGAUAAGAUAUUAGCUGAAUUUAACAACAUUGCCAACUCAAAGGUAGUUUUAGAAAAGGAAUUCAAGGAGACUAUUUACAACAUGCAGAGCAUGAAGAGCAAGCUUGUCGAGUGGCAAUCAAAGGUGAAUAACGCUUCGCCCCAAAAAAAAUCUGUCAGAUUUUUAGAGCACUCUGAUUUUCACAUUGCUCCGCAAUCGCACCCCAUCUCCACUUCAUCGCAUACCACAACUCCAACCGUUUGCAAGUCUGUCCAGGAACAGUUACAAUCUUACCAACUUAACUGUGGCAAUUAG